ACCCUUUCUCUCUUGCCCACGCGUCCGCUCCCUCCCUCCCUUCUCUCUCCUACUCCUACGUCGUUAACCCUCCGUUACACCACCCGCCUCACGCCGUCACGUCAACUUCUGCCACCAAAAGCACGCGCCCCCGUCCCCAGUCCCCCGCCAUGUCCAACGCCGGCGACCCCGCCGGCGCAGCGGCGGCGGCCGCGGCCACCCCGUCCGGACGCGCUCCGAGGCUGCCGAGGUGGACGCGGCAGGAGAUACUGGUGCUCAUCGAUGGCAAGCGCAUGGCGGAUGGCCGCGGCGGGCGCGGCGGGAGGGGGCGCGUGGCGGCGGCGGCGGCAACGGCGGCGUCGGGGGAGGCUUCUACGGCGCUGGAGCCCAAGUGGGCUGCGGUGGCGGAGUACUGCCGGCGGCACGGCGUGGAGCGGGGGCCCGUUCAGUGCCGGAAGCGGUGGAGCAACCUCGCUGGUGACUACAAGAAGAUCAAGGAGUGGGAGCGCACGGCGCCCGCCGCGCGGGAGCCGUCGUUCUGGGCCAUGCGCAACGACGCGCGUAGGGAGCGGCGGCUCCCCGGGUUCUUCGAUCGCGAGGUGUACGACAUACUCGAGGGACGGGGGCGGGCGAUCCUCACCGGUCGGUCCGGUGCGAAUGCCACGGAGGAGGAGGAGGCGGUGCACGUGGAGGAGGAGGAGGAGGUGGGGGCGGUGGAGCCUGUGUUUGAUAGUGGCCGCCCGGCCACGGAGGAGGCGUUGUUCUCGGAGGACGAGGAAGAGGAAGAAGAGGAGGCACCGGCGCCAGCUCCUCCUCCUCCGCCACCGCCGGUGAUCGCCUUACCGGUAUCAGAAAAGCCCGAUGCAUCAAGGCAACAACAGAGCGCUGAACAAGGCACAUCGAAAGACAAAGAACCAGAGCAAAGCACUGAGAGGGACGCACCGGCUCAGCAGGGCAGGCAUAAGAGGCUGCGAACGGUGGAAGACACUGGAGAAGGCACAACAGACCUGCAGAGAAAGCUGAUCGAGAUCCUAGACCGGAACAACCGGAUGGUGGCAGCACAGCUGGAGGCGCAGAACCGUAACUGCCAGCUCGACAGGGAGCAGAGGAAAGACCAGGCUAACGGCCUAGUUCUUGUGCUCGGCAAGCUCGCUGACGCCCUUGGCAGGAUCGCUGAUAAGCUAUAGCCAGUAACCUAGGUAUAUGUUUGGACAGAAAUAAUUACAACAACAGAAACAAAAAAAAAGAUGACAUUUGUAAGUGAAUGUACAGAUUGGUAUAGGGUUAUUGGCAUUCGAUUCUUUUUGGACUGGUUCUGAAAAUUCUGUCAGAAGCCUGUAUUGAGGGGUUGUGUUAUAUAGGGAGAUGAGGUUUAGAGCAUUCAAAUGAUCUGGACUAGCAGAAUUCGGUUUGUGUGUCUGUGGUGGAUUCUUGAAGUAAUUAUUGUCAGCAAUGCAAUUGUAUAUAGUUGAGCUUCGGCGAUGGUUUCCUGUUAUAA